AUGUUGCAAAUCUUCUACACAGAAAUACGCACAAAAGAUGGGUGUGAGUACGAACCUGAGAGUUUAAAAUCCAUGCUGGCAGCCCUCGACUGCUAUUUAAAAGAGCAUGACUACAAGUACUCUAUUAUACGAGACCGAGAGUUUCACCAGUCGAAGUUGGUACUUGAAGGAAAAGUGAAGUGUCUCCGUCAACAAGGAAAAGGCAAAAGACCCAAUGCCGCGAACGCACUGACAGCCAAAGAAAAAAUGCUAUGGAGUGAACAAAGUCUCGGCGACUGCAGUCCAAGAGUUCUUUCCCAGACAAUGUGGUGGAUCUUGACUCAAAUUUUGGCCUGA